CCCCCCCGCCCCCCACUACCGACGCCCGUUCGCAGCCAGGCGCCGCCGAGGCGGCUCUGCGGGCGCGGAGCGAGCGCGGCCCCGGCCCGCCGGCGGCGGCGGCGGCAGCGGCGGCAGGAUGAAGUUCGCCGAGCACCUCGCGGCGCACAUCACCCCCGAGUGGCGGAAGCAGUACAUCCAGUAUGAGGCUUUGAAGGAGAUGCUAUAUGCAGCUGUGGACCAGGCCCCUUCUAUAGAAGACACAGAUGAGGACACGGUGAAAAGAUGUUUUGCCACGUUUGAAGAGAAAUUCUUCCAAACCUGUGAGAAAGAACUUGCCAAAAUCAACAUUUUCUAUUCAGAGAAGCUUGCGGAAGCGCAGCGCAGGUUCACCACGCUCCGCACCGAGCUGCAAUCCACCUUGGAGGCACAGAAGGAGGCCAGCGGGGCCUCCACGCUGCCGCGGCGCCGCAAACCCGUCUUCCACCUGUCCCACGAGGAGCGGGUCCAGCACAGGAACAUCCGAGACCUGAAAUUGGCCUUCAGCGAGCUCUACCUCAGCCUCAUCCUGCUGCAGAACUAUCAGAACCUGAACUUCACCGGCUUCCGCAAGAUCCUGAAGAAGCAUGACAAGAACCUGGAGACGACGCGGGGCGCGGAGUGGAGGGUGGCCGAGGUGGAGGUGGCUCCCUUCUACAUCUGCAAGAAGAUCAACCAGCUUAUCUCCGAAACAGAGGAACUGGUGACCAACGAGUUGGAAGAUGGAGACAGACAGAAGGCAAUGAAACGUCUGCGUGUUCCACCCUUAGGAGCAGCUCAGCCUGUACCAGCCUGGACUACAUUCAGGGUUGGAUUGUUCUGUGGGUUGUUCAUUGCACUGAACGUCACUGUCAUACUUUCAGGUGUGGCUUUUAUAGAUGGACCAAAUGUGUGGCCACUGGUGAGAAUCUAUCGAGGUGGCUUUCUCCUGAUAGAAUUCCUCUUUCUCCUGGGUAUCAACACCUAUGGCUGGAGACAGGCUGGAGUCAACCACGUCCUCAUCUUCGAGCUCAACCCCCGCAGCAACUUGUCCCAUCAACAUCUCUUUGAGAUUGCUGGUUUCCUGGGUGUUUUGUGGUGCCUGAGCCUGCUGGCAUGUAUAUAUCGUCAAUUCACCUACAUCCCCAUGCAGGUGAACCCACUCAUCUUGUAUGGCUUCAUGUUGCUUUUCCUCAUCAACCCUACCAAAACCUUAUAUUACAAGUCCCGUUUUUGGCUGCUCAAACUAUUGUUUCGAGUAUUCACUGCUCCCUUCCACAAGGUAGGCUUUGCAGAUUUCUGGCUGGCUGACCAGCUCAACAGCCUGGUGGUGAUACUUAUGGAUUUGGAAUACAUGAUCUGCUUCUACAGCUUUGAGGUUCAGUGGGAGGACAAUGCUGGACUUCUGGCAGAUACAGAUAAUCAGAUUUGUAACAGCUACUCCUACGGAGUGAGAGCAGUUGUCCAGUGCAUCCCUGCUUGGUUGCGAUUCAUCCAGUGCCUGCGCCGUUACCGCGAUAACAAACGGGCCUUUCAUCUGGUUAACGCUGGAAAAUAUUCCACCACCUUCUUCGUGGUGACAUUUGCAGCCCUCUACAGCACUCACAAAGCUAAAAACCACAGUGACACCGAAGUGUUCUUCUACCUGUGGAUUAUCUUCUGUUUCAUCAGCUCUUGCUAUACCCUCAUUUGGGACCUAAAGAUGGACUGGGGUCUCUUUGACAAAAAUGCUGGUGAAAAUACCUUUCUCCGAGAAGGAAUUGUCUACCCACAGAAAGCAUACUACUAUUGUGCCAUUGUAGAAGAUGUCAUCCUGCGUUUUGCGUGGACCAUCCAGAUCUCCCUCACUUCCAUGCAAAUCUUUCCCUACGCUGCAGACAUCAUUUCUACUGUGUUUGCCCCACUUGAGGUGUUCCGGCGGUUUGUGUGGAAUUUCUUCCGCCUGGAGAACGAGCACCUGAACAACUGCGGGGAGUUCCGUGCCGUGAGGGACAUCUCGGUGGCGCCGCUCAACGCCGACGACCUGACGCUCCUGGACCAGAUGAUGGACCAGGAGGACGGCGUGCGCAACCGCCGCAAGAGCAAGCAGUGGAAGCGCAGCCUGAGCGUGUCGCUGCGCCGGCCGCGCCUCGGCACACAUUCCAGUGUCCCGUGUCCCUCCUGCCCUGGCAGCACAGCUGUGCCGCCCUACCCUUUGGCCAGGGAGCAAGCCGAGGCUGAGGCACAGCAGGUCGAAGGCUUCUGACACAAAGGUAUUGAUAGAGGACCUAACAAACGAAGUGAACACAUGAGAUGGCCACGUUCUCUUAUUCCACAUCCUUUGUUUUCUCGUUCUGUUCCCCUCUUCCCCAAGUAACCCGAGCUCUGGUACAGAUCCAGCUGAAAACAGGAGAAAACACUGAACACGUUUUCUGAGCUCUUCCAGACCAGAUCCUAUGGACUCCAACAAGCUCACUGUGUUUCGUUUCUUUUCUUCUGGGUUAAUUUUAAUGUUCUAUUUUAAACAAACAAACAAACAAACAAAAAUAAAAUAUUUUACUUUGUUUUGCCAAUAAAGAGGACAGUUCAGGAA